AUGGCAUCCUCCAAGCCCGCAGUGUCCUUUAUUGGCCUCGGGGCCAUGGGCUUCGGCCUGGCCACAAACCUCGUCAACAAGGGCUUCCCCGUCACCGGCUUUGACGUCUGGGGCCCGACCCUCGAGCGCUUCCGUCAGGCCGGCGGCAGCUCGGCAGCAACCCCCGCCGAGGCUGUCGCCGGCAAGGCCCUCUGUGUUGUCAUGGUCGCCACCGCCCAGCAGGCCCAGAGUGUGCUCCUGGAAGGAGACGCCCCUGCCGUGCCCGCCCUGCCCCGCGGCGCCACCCUCUUCAUAUGCUCCACCGUCCCUGCUGCAUACGUCCAGGGCCUCGCGAAGCAGCUGGCCGGCAUGGGCCGAGGCGACAUCUCUCUUAUCGAUUGCCCCGUCUCCGGAGGCACCAUACGGGCGGCAGAUGGCACGCUGUCCAUCAUGGCCGGCGCGGCCGACACGGCCAUCAGCAAGGGGAGGGAGCUCCUGCAGGCCAUGUCGGACCCCAAGAAGCUGUACGUCGUCGCAGGCCCAGACGUCGGCGCCGGAAGCAACCUGAAGAUGUGCCACCAGGUCCUGGCCGCCGUCCAGAUCCUGUCGGCGAGCGAGGCCCUGGGCUUUGCGAGCCAUCUCGGGCUGGACCUGAAGAAGGCAUCCGAUGGGAUUGUCAAGUCGGAUGGGGCGAGUUGGAUGUUUGAGAACAGGCUCCCACGGCUGCUGGCCCCGGACUUUAAGCCCAUCGCAAGCGCAGUCACCAUCAUCUUGAAGGACGCCGGCAUUAUCACGUCUGAGGCCAGGCGGUAUGCAUUUCCCACGCCUAUGACGAGCGUCGCCGAGCAGGUCUACUUCACGGGCUUGGGCAGGGGGUGGGGCGCCGACGACGACGCCAGCAUGUUGAGGCUGUACAGCGAAGGGGUGGCCAAGGUCGGGCCGGUCAAGGGCCAGUCUCGCAGCGAGGACGACAAGUUGAGGCUGGUGGUGGACCUUCUCAGGGGGAUCCAUCUGUGCUCGACGGCAGAGACUAUCGCGUUUGCCAGCCACGUCGGCCUAGAUCUAGACCAGGUCUUCGAUCUGUGCACCAACGCGGCGGGAGGCAGCGCCAUGCUGAAUCUCUACGGGCCCGAGAUGAUCAAGGCCUUCCGAGGCGGCCGGGACCAGGUGGCCCGGGGUUGGGCUGCAGAACAAGGAGACGGCAGGCGGCUUGGAGCCAUCCUCGAGGGACUGCAGGCGGCGGUAAACGAGGCCCAAUUGCUGAAGAUGCCGCUCUUCCUGGGCAACCAAGCGCUCAGCCUGGUACGUCUUGCUCUGCAGGGCGCAUCCGACGGCCAGGACGGGCUGGCAGCGGCAGCGGUGGCGAGGGCGUGGGUCAAGUAA